CGCCAGCCGUUGCCGGGGGCGGGCGCGUUCGGGAGGGAGGUGCCGGCUGCUGUGUGAGCGCCGGCCGGCAGAGCCGCGGCCGCGGGGCUGAGCUGGGAGCGGCCGGCGCUCCGGCCCGGCCCGUCCUGGCGGUGCCGCCCUCGCCCCGGGCAUGGGAGCGGAGCGGGGCGGCCGGCGCGGAGCCGAGCUGCCGCGCGGCGCUGACCGGGCCGGGGGGCGGCCCCCGGGGAGCCCCCGGCCCAUGGCCUUCAUCAUGAUGAAGAAGAAGAAGUUCAAGUUUCGCGUGGAGCUGGAGCUGGACGAGCUCUCCUCCGUGCCCUUCGUCAACGGCAUCCUCUUCUGCAAGGUGCGGCUGCUGGACGGGGGCAGCUUCAGCGGCGAGUCCUCCCGGGAAGUAGUACAGGCAAAUUGUGUCCGCUGGAAGAAAAAGUUCUCAUUUAUGUGUAAAAUCAGUGCCAGUGCCACAACAGGGAUUCUGGAUACUUGCAUUUGCAGGGUGUCUGUACGGAAGGAGUUAAAAGGAGGAAAGGCAUAUGCAAAGCUGGGAUUUGCAGAUCUAAAUCUAGCAGAGUUUGCUGGAUCGGGAAAUACUACUCGUCGCUGUUUACUGGAAGGUUAUGAUACCAAAAAUACAAGACAGGAUAACUCCAUUCUCAAAGUUUUGAUCAACAUGCAGCUAAUGUCUGGAGACCCAUGCUUUAAAAUGCCUCCUUCCACAGCAAUGUCUAUAGCAAUUGCUGGAGAAUCAGAAUCUUUGCAUGAUGACAGGAAAGGUGGAGAAAACUUACAAGUAGUACAUCUGGGCAUAUCAGAUGUCUCAUCAAAGAGUGCCUCAGUCCCAGAUGAACUCGGUGCAUGUGGACAUUCCAGAACAUCAAGCUAUGCAAGUCAGCAGUCAAAACUGUCAGGAUACAGCACGUGUCACUCUAGAUCAUCCAGCCUGUCUGACCUCUGCCACAGGAGGAACACCUCAGUGGGUAGUACCUCAACCGGAAUUGGAAGUAUUCUAGAGCCAUGUGAAGGGACUGAGCCAAAAGUAACUGAACCUAACAUUGAUACAUCAGAAAAGCUUUGCAGACAUCCUGUAAAGCAAGACUCUGUGGAGUCACAGCUGAAGAGGGUUGAUGCUACCAGAGUUGAUGCUGAUGAUAUAGUUGAAAAAAUACUCCAGAGUCAAGACUUCAGUUUAGACUCAAGUGCAGAAGAAGAAGGUUUAAGAUUAUUUGUGGGCCCUGGUGGAAGCACUUCUUUUGGAAGCCAUCAUCUACCUAACAGGAUCUGGAGCAUAUGAGCAGGUGGUCAUAAAACGCUAGACUAGAACGACAACUGAGGAAAACUUGGAGCUCUGGCAUUGAUACUUCUGUUUUUGUUUGCUCUGUUGCAAGAGUUGUGGAAGCCAAAAUGAACUCAAUGUGAUUUUUUUUUUUCCCAAAAGUAAUGGAAUGCCUCUUGCUCAUAGAGCUUCAUCUCCUGUGGUAUGAAGGCUAUGUAUACCUUGUGAGCACUUGUACUGUUUUUCUAAGGUCUACCUGAUAUUAUUGGAAUUACUCGCUUUUUAAGUUGUGUGAAACAUUUUUGGAAGCACAAUUGAGUGAGUCCCAUUUCAGUAUUUUAUACAGGACACCACUUGGGGUGAUGUACUUUGCUUGUAACUUCUUUUCUAAAGAAGCUUCUAAAAGUUGGUUUUAAAUGAACCUGAAGAAAUUAAUUACUUGAUUUGAUCCUACCUGCCAUUUUAGUCUUACAGAAGCUAAUUACUUAUAUCAAGAUUCAUGCCAAGCCAAGAUGAAGGCCUCCACAGAACAGCCCAGCCGUCUAUUAAGAGUACUUACUGAGCAUAACUUUGUUUUAAGCUUGAACAGUAGAGGUUAACUUCACAUGCAGUAAAAAAAAAAAAACCACCAAACACAAAACCAAAUAGAUCUAAACUAGCCAGUAAUCAGUUGUGUUACUUGAAAAUGAAGUCUAGAUGGUUAAAUGCAUCAAAUGUGACAUCUGUUUUCAUGCAAGUGGCAAAAGAAGUGGCAUUCCACAUCAAGAUAUGAAGGCAGAGUAGUGUAUUAUCAAGAAAGCUGGCUUGAUUGUUAAAUCCGGAGUUCAAAAGCUGCUUCCACAGAAACUCACUUCAAUAAUGCAUGAACCUUGAGAUUCAGUGGGAUGGUACUGUUUACAAACCUAGUCAGUAGUUUACCACUUACAACUUUUUAUUGUAGCUUAAUCCUUCACAGAUAAUGCUUUGCUUGUGUUUUGAAUGUGCCUUGGGGGAUUGGGGAGGUACAGGGGAAACUACUUACUAAGCAAUAUAAGCUUUAAAACUAGGUAAAUAUCUACACUAUUAUCAAUAUAACUUAUUAAGAGAAGCACUUUAUUGUAGGCAUACUCUGCACUCUGAAAAAAUCUUACUGGGCAGCAGAUUUGUUGAACACUUAUUCCUUCAUUAUCUGUCCACUAUUCCAUUAAGGUCAAUGUACUGUAUUUAAAUUUGCACAAAGAGCAAUUUGCCUGGCAGGGAGGAAAGAUGGAAGAUCUCUUAAGAUUUUAAUUGAGAAUUAUGAAAGAAUGGUAUUUAAAGGGAUGUGUUAGGUGAACAGUUCUAAUUCAGCUUGGCUCUGCUGUAUUUAAUUGCAAACUGCAAAUGACCUUAAUUUUGUUAUGAUUAGUUGUAUUGUUUACCUGUAAGGUUUGGAUUAAAUCAAAAUAGAAAUAGUGUGGCCCUUUUUGAAAGUUCUGAAUGCUUCAAAUUCUGCUCGGAGUGAUGUUUGACAUCUUUUUAUUGAAGUAUAAGCAGACCAUAUUUAAUAGGUUAAAUUAGGAAAGAGUAGGCUUUGUUUUCCACAAAUCCACAGUAGAGUUAUUAAACUAAUUUUUAUUUGUGUUUUUAAAGGAAAUUUCAGAUCUUAAAGCUUGAGUAGUGUUACUGAAUAUGUUUAAUAUGAGCUAUUUCUCAGUUAUGGUACUUAAAUACUUUUAUUUCCUACUAUUAACCUAUUUGAAGUGUUUUAAUGGGUAAAAGAAUUAAUUAAAAAAGAUUAUAUUUUAGCUGCUGUUAAUAGAAGUGUGGUAUUAUCCAUUUCUGUCCUCCACAGGACUUUUAAACAGCAACUAUGUAACUGCUAGUAUACAACUGUCUCUCAGAGCAUGAUAGCUUCAUUUCCUGUUAAAUAACUAAUUUUUACCAAAAAAAUCCUACUGCAAGCCCAAAGAUGCAUGAAAUUUGAAUAAAUUAACUUGCUUUCAGUACUCUUUAGCACACUUGUUGACAAAUCUAUUAAAACCAGUAGUAGAUAGUAGUUUACCUAAGUUUACUAGGAAAAAUAGGCAUAGUUUAAGGAAAACAGACUGUUAAAAAAACAUUGUUCAGCUACUUACGUAAUUCUUUAGGGAAUUUCCAUAGCCAAGAUGUGUAUUCUAUGUUAAAAGACGCAGCUAACUGCCAUAGAUUAGAUAUUUUGCUUACUAGAAAACAAUUAUUUUCUUGCCUGAGCGGAUCUUUUAAAUAGGAGGGAAGUUUACAUGGAAAUCAAGCUUUAAUAAAAUUGUAUUCUAAUAAUUUAUUGUUCUCACAUUCAGUUACAGUGCUUUAUGAAGCGAUUCUCUAAUUGUGCAUAUUUUAAGUGGAACAUAACCCUUAUAUUUAGAUAUAGUAUUUCCUUCUUUGUAAACUGUGUAAUAGUAUACUGGAGACUCUCCUAUAGUAAACUGUUCAGGAUGUGUUGGUGGUUGGUUGUUUUGUUGGGGUUUUUUGGUUGCUUUUUAAAACUGUAUUUAAAUGCAAAUGUCUCAGACAUUCAAUAAACUCAUGUCUUCAGCUUGGGA